AUGUUGCAUUGGUGCGUGUGUUGGGUUGUGCAGGACCUGUGCCGGGGCUGGUGUUAGUCGCCCUGAACAUUUGUUAUGCAACCUAGAGGUCGCUGCGGCUUGGCUGCUGUAAUUAUAGUAGUACUGCCGUUGACGGAGAUCAUCAUGGCGGAGACCGGACGGUGCCUGGUGUCUGCGGCUAGGACGACACGCUCAACAAGGCACGGCAGGGCAGCAGCGUUUGCGUUCUCUCCAGGAGUAUCACCCAGCACAUCAACGGGCGCACGACGUUGCCACGUUACAUUAAGACAGAAGCCUGUCCACUCUGCGCCUUGGCGUCUCUUGAACCCCCACUGCUGCUUUAGCAGCAGGGGUAUCAGCGACAAUGCGGGUGGCGGCGGAGCUUUUCCACCAGCAACUUCGAAGUGGUCCUCCUCCCCGCGGAGUCGAGAUCUCCCCCUCGGCAAGAUUGGCAGUGGCAGCGGUGGUGGUGCGCCGGGGUACGGGCAUAGGCCGAGGUGCGGGCAAGCGUCGAGCUUGUCGUCAGCGUCUCAAUCGGCAGACGAUGCAAAUGCAAGCGAGCAGGAGGGAACAUCCCCUACUACGACUACUACUGCAGCAACUACAACUGCCAGCAGGCGACCAGGUCAAGUUGCAGAACCAGGGGUGGUCUACUUCGUGUCAACGCCGAUAGGCAACCUGGAAGACAUCACGCUGAGGGCGAUGAACAUCCUUAGAACGGCGGAGGUGAUUGCCGCCGAGGAUACGAGAACGACCGGCAGUCUGCUCAAGCUGCUCGGGGUGGAGAGGGAGGGUAGGCUGGUGAGCCACCACGACCACAACACGAAGCGGCGCGUGCCCGAGAUCGUCCAAGCCGCGAGGGGGGGGAAGUCGGUGGCAGUCGUGAGUGAUGCGGGGACCCCGGGCAUCUCUGAUCCCGGCAUGGAGCUUGCCGCGGCGUGCGCGGCGGAAGGGCUUCGCGUGGUUCCCGUCCCAGGUGCCUGCGCCGCGGUCGCCGCCGUGAGCGUGGCCGGGUUUCCGUCCCAUGAGUUCGUCUUCUUCGGGUUCGUGAGCGGGAAGAGGGGCUCCGCGGUUCGACGGCGAAAGCUGGCGGAGAUCGCGCAGGAACCCCGGACGUGCAUCAUGUACGAGUCCCCCCACCGCAUCGCCGACACUCUCGGGGCCCUGCUGAAGGCGUCCUGUCCGCCCCCCUCGGAAGCUCUCGACAGUCGCAGCGGAACCGAUUCGGGUGGUUCUCGCGAAGGAAACGAAACGCCGGUGUCGUCAGAGGCAUGGCUCGCUGCCGGGUGUAGGCCGGUCGUCCUCGCCCGCGAGCUGACCAAGCUCCACGAGGACAUCUUCCGCGGCACGCUCGCGGAGGCGGUGGCUCGGUACGGGGGAAGUGGUGGGGUACCAUCGCGAGAAGGGGAAAGACGAGAUGGUGAUUGUGAGACCAGCGAUGGGGCUAGCGGAAUGGGCGGUGGGGGUGGUGGUUAUGGCGGCGAUGGGGUAGUUAGGGGCCCGAGGGGGGAGUUCACGGUGGUUCUCGGGCCUCGCGCGGCGGCGGUGGGCGCGGGGGAAGGAGGGGAGGCGAGGGCGUUGGAGGCGCUGGAGGCCAGGCUUACGGAGCUGACGGCCGGAGGAAUGAGCACGUCUUCCGCGGUGAAGAUGGCCUCCAAGGACCUCAACCUCAAGAAGUCGGACGUUUAUCGGGUGGCGUUAAGUCUGCAGCCCUCCUCCGUCGAGAAGGACGACGGCUAAGCAACCUGCUUUUAUUUGCGGAGUACACUAGAGAGAAACGUGUGAUGGGCGAUGACGUUGGAUUCCGUUAGGCUUGGUGAACACGGCAUAUGCAAAGCGUAACAAACGUCGAUGCACCGAUUCGUCUU